AAACCAUUUUCAUCAAACACUUCCAAUUCCACUUUCACUGCUUCAAACUACAACAGUCCAACUCCCCCUCCCUCUCUCUGCUGCUCAUCAACUCCAUUAAUGGCGUUGACGAGCCCACAGUUGCAGAGGUUUCUCCUCAACAGAACAGAGACCAACACCGGGAAUAUUAAGCCCGCCAAGAAGAACAUCAUUGCCAAAAGUGGAAGAGGUGGCCGAUGUUGCUCGGCUAUCGCCAUCGAUGCGCCGUCGUCGCUGACCGGGGUCACGGGGAUCAGAUGGGGAUCGACCCAAUUACAGGGUCUCCGAGAAGAGAUGGAAGAUGAUGCUGUUAUUGUUCAGUCUGAUGAUCUUGAUGGUUUCACAUUUGCCGCGGUUUUUGAUGGCCACGCUGGCUUUUCCUCAGUCAAGUUCCUCAGGGAUGAGCUUUACAAAGAGUGUAUUACGGCUUUACAAGGUGGGAUGCUGUUGAGAGGAAAGGACUUAAAUGCCAUUAAAAAGGCGUUACAAGAGGCUUUUCAAAAUGCAGAUGCAAAACUGUUAAACCGGCUUGAGUUGAGCAAGGAGGAAGAUGAAUCUGGUUCAACCGCUACUGCAGUGUUCAUCAGAAAUGAUAUGCUGAUCAUCUCACAUGUUGGUGACUCAAGUGUGGUUCUCUCACAAUCUGGGAAGGCAGAGAUAUUAACCAAUCCUCAUCGACCCUAUGGAAGCAACAAGGUUUCACUUCAAGAAAUCAGACGAAUCAGAGAAGCAGGUGGAUGGAUUGUCAAUGGAAGAAUUUGUGGAGACAUCUCUGUAUCACGUGCUUUUGGUGACAUGCGGUUUAAGACAAAAAAGAUUGAGAUGCUGGAGAAGGGAGUCAAGGAAGGGAGAUGGACUGAAAAAUUUAUUUCUCGGAUACAAUUUAACGGAGACUUAGUUACUGCAUCUCCUGAUGUUUAUCAAGUAGCACUCGGAUCAGAUGCAGAGUUUGCACUAUUAGCAUCUGAUGGCUUAUGGGAUUACAUGAGCAGCUCAGGUGUGGUUGAUUUUGUUAGGAAUCAACUUCGACAACACGGAGAUGCUCAGUUAGCUUGUGAGGCACUUGCACGAGCAGCUCUGGAUCGGGGCUCACAAGAUAAUGUCAGCAUCAUCAUUGCUGAUUUAGGGCGGACCGACUGGCAAAGUUUGCCUCUGCAGCAACAAAAUGUUUUGUAUGAACUUGGCCAAGCUUUUGCGACUGUUGGUAUUGUGUCAUUUGGAAUAUGGAUGUUACUUUCUUUAUAGUUUGAAGCAUGAUAUGUUGUAUAUAAAUCAACAGAGAGUUGUUUAUAUAAGUUGUAAAUGUACAUGUCCCACAGUUGGUGCUAUCUAAUUAAAUAUUACACACCUUAAAAAUUCA